GUUAGACAGUGAUUAUGGCAUUGCGAAGCGUUUGUUCUCGGCGUUAGUGGCAGCAUAGCAUUCUCAUCUCCAACAGACAAUAAUAAUACUUGAAGAAUGUUAGCAUAUUUUGACAAUUCAAGCCCCUAUCAAGUACGUGUCUUAUGUCAUCGUUGUAGAAAAAGCCGUGAUAGAUCCUGUGUCCAAAGAACCCUCGCUCUUCACUGAAAGCCUCAAGACUCGUUGCGCAACCAUACUCUUCGUUUAGAUCCAAUGUAGACAGUGCAUACAAGCAGCGUCUGCACGCAUUUGGGCCACAAAUAGCUCGGACAUGGGUUCAUUAACGCCGUCAACCAUGAACCAUUCGCACUGUGUCGUAAGCAGUUCUCCAAAACACGUACCUAUCAAGCCACGUCUGGCAGAAAACCUCCCCCUCAUUUGCCGCCCAUCAUUUCCUCGAAACGAUCGAAACGAACUCCUGCGGCGCAGCGACGAACAGCCGAUCUCCCAUAGCGUCUGUCGCUAUUUCAAGCUCCCACGUGAUCCUGGCCCCCAACUUCAUCUUCCCACCAUCCGCGCGCACCAACGAACGCCGGUUCGGACUUCGGAUGUCCAGACCGUGAAAAGGCCCCCAAAAAAUCUUGGAACGUCAUUUCCGAUGGAUGCGAUGGACAUGAGCCACCACCAAUUUCCGCGUUCACGUGUUUGCCAAGUGGCUGAACGCUCGUUCACUCAGCCCUGCUGCGCCUCGCGUUCCCCGGCAACACGUCACCAAUCGCGACUUCAAACGCGCAGUUACCGGUUCAUCCAAUUGCAGGGGGCCCUUUUGUCAGUGAGGGAGCGAGCAUAGCCCCUGUGUUUGGUAGCAGCGUUCUCCCGUGGACGAUGAUAAAGUGCAGAGGUUGGUAAUAGUGGUAUACUG